AGCAGAUGAUUCAGCAGCAUCCUCUCGAGUCCGGCACGCAGUAAGCUGGACGGUCGACAGGUACCUCAGCUUCGAGGUAUGGUGACAGCUACAUGAGCUCGCGCCAUCAUUCUGGCACUUGCUUGAUCACUGAUCUCUGAACAUCGACGCGACGUGUUGCCGGAAUCCUCUAUUGUACCUUUGAAUGACCCUUUUGUCUUCUCGCAAACAUCUGCGCAUUGCCUUCCUGCAGAGCACGUGACGAGGAGGUUUAGGCGAUUGAAUCGGGGUGCCAAGGAAAAGCUUCCCGCAAGCUUCCAGCCCCAUUCUGCUCGGACUUCUCACUUCACGUUACCUCUUUGCCGUCUCCAAUCCCCUCGACCACGCCUGCUGCACACCUGCACGAUCUCCUACUGUACUGCACCGCUGCCAUCUCUCCAUACACCCCCUCGUCUGGCCCAAUGUCCUCGCUGGUCAUUGCCCGUGUCGCGCGGGCCAGGCUCUUCAACACCAAUGCCUCCGGCCUACGGAGGGUGAGCGCGAUGCGCACCCCCCUCGCUGCCCGCUUCAGCACCGCCUCCCGACUACAGAAUGAGCAUGGCGAAGAGAGUUUUGAAGAGUUCACUGCGAGAUACGAAAAGGAAUUCGAGCAGGUCCAGGACGUCUUCGAGCUGCAGCGCAACCUGAACAAUGCCUUUGCCUACGAUCUUGUCCCCUCUCCCUCCGUCAUCACCGCCGCCCUCCGAGCCGCCAGAAGAGUCAAUGACUUUCCCACGGCCGUGAGAAUAUUCGAAGGCAUCAAGGCCAAAGUGGAAAACCAGAACCAGUACGACGAAUACAUCAAGGAGCUCCAGCCCAUACGGGAAGAGCUCGGUGUGAAUCUCAAGGAGGUCAUGUACCCCGAGAGCUCGUAGAAAGAGUACAUCCUGGAUUGUGGGGAUUGUAUGACGUGCGCCGACGAGAUCGACUGGGUGGGGAAGCGAGAGUGGAAGGCGGAGGAAGCACGAACGGAUAAGAAGGGUACAGCGAUGGAGUAGAAUAUAUCAACACUUGCCUAGGUAUGGAUGGGCGUGGCCGUGAGGCUGCGUCAACUGUUACUAUUAGCUGCACAAAUCCUUCCUACAUGCG